CGUUUCGCUGUCUUGUGUUAUUUGUGUAAUGUGUAAUUUAUUUAAAGUAAAACUCAAUUACCGUUCAUUGUCUCCAUAAAUUUGCCCAUAUGUUGAUAAUUCAAAAUAACAAGAAUAAUUCAAAACAUCUGUGUAAUCUUCUUCCUACUUAGAUCGUAAAAGGACUGGUGUCAAGCUUAUUGAUGCGUAUCUCAGGUGUUUGUUACAACAUAAAUAAAUGUUAAUAAUCUAGACAUCCAUUAACUUUUACAUGAAAAUGUCGAAAAUAAAGAAACUGACUGGCUCAUUCCGCUAUACGCAAUGGGACCCCUGUUUAAUUGUUUCUCAAAUAGUGGCAAUGCAGUCUCUCUUAUAUUUAUCUUUAUGCAUUAUAAUGGCUCUAAUGCAAGAUUUAACGGGAUCUACAAGGACUUUGGAUCACAUAUUUGAGUACCAUGAGAUCCAUGUACGAGAUAGUGAAGGGCGUUCUGUGAUAUUUGCAUUUGUACUGAAUGCGAUCUUAGCAGCUUUUGCAUUGUGGACUAUUGUUGGCCGGACUAAGUUGUGCUUAGACUUUAGUUGCACCUUCUAUGGAAUCCACUUACUCAUCUGCUGGAUAUAUAACUCAUCCUUUCCCACCACAUUCUCGUGGUGGGUUCUGAAUGUGUCAUGUGCAUCCAUUACCUGUGUAGCAGGAGAGUUCCUGUGCCUUCGUACUGAGUUGCAAGCGAUACCUCUAAGCAACAUAGGUGCCAAAGUGGACUUAUGAAAAUUAGCAUUCUCCGAACUGUACAUACUUUAUGAAUCGCAGAUCUCUAGUUUAGUGAGGCUAGCUUGGUACAAAAUUAUUACUUUUUUAAAUGUGUAAAACUUAUUAUAUAUAUUUGGAAUAUGAAUAUAAGCAAUAAAAGUGCUUGAUUAACUGAGUUGGAACAAACAUGCAUGGAAGUGUAUAACUAUUAUUACAUUGAAACAAUUUUAACAGGUACUGAUUUAAAAUAAUGUUUCGAAUAUGCACG